AUGUCGCCUCAUUCAGAGAACCCGACACCGCGACCGCCAAGUCGCUGGGGCGUCCCGCCACCAGGCCUACAUGCGCGACCAAUUCAAACGUCUCUGACUCAUAAGCCACGUGAUACAGAGCCAUCAGCGCGUUCAAGCACUUUUUUACCUGAUAUGGACGAGAUCCAAAAGUUGCAUGCACAACGUAUGGAGCAUGUGCGUUCUUAUUACCUGGCAUCGAAUAAAGGUUCUAAGGAGAGAGGUGGUGCAUCUAUUUCGCCUCAUUUUGCCCUCCAAAGUGCCUUUAUGGAAUUGAGUGAUGCGAAUGUUGAGAUGGAAGCUAUGCGCCUACGUACCACAUAUAUUGAUGAUAUCCUGGCACGUACGCAGGAAGACGCUUUUGCCUAUACCAGUGUUGCGGCUGCUGCGCCUACAUUGUCGUCAUCGUAG